AGUGGUUUGUUGCAACUCCCCUAUAAUGUAGCUUUGUCGAAUAAUAUCUUUAAAAAAUAUUGCAUUGCAACAGAAAAUUUUUAAAAUGCGGUGAAGAAAGUGGGGGGAAAAAAAAAAUAAUCCAGUCAUUCAUUAACAUAGCAAUAAGUACUCUCGUACACAAAGUUGUUUUAUUUUUAAUGGAUUUAUGAAUACCAAAUAUUUGUUUCAACAAAAAAUAAAACUAUAGUUAUCAAAUUAUUUUUCAAAAAUAGUCUCUUGGUAUUUUAAUGAGUUAAUUUUGCAAAAUUACCGACAGCAAAAUUAAAUCUCGUUUGUAUAAAAAUGCAUGGGUAUGAAAAAGAAUACAAGAAAAUGGCGACCAGUGAACAGAGUGAUGAAUCCUUGUACCCGAUUGCUGUUUUAAUUGAUGAAUUAAGAAAUGAAGAUGUUCAGCUUCGUUUGAAUAGCAUUAAGAAGUUAUCUACAAUAGCAUUGGCUCUUGGUGUGGAAAGAACUCGGACCGAGCUUAUACCAUUUUUGACUGAUACCAUAUAUGAUGAAGAUGAGGUGUUGCUGGCCCUUGCAGAACAACUUGGAAUCUUCACUCCUCUAGUUGGUGGCUCUGAAUAUGUUUACUGUUUAUUGAAACCUCUUGAAAGUUUGGCUACUGUUGAAGAAACUGUAGUUAGAGAUAAAGCUGUUGAUUCCCUGAGGGCAAUUGCUGCUCAACAUUCACAAACAGAUUUGGAGAAUCACUUUGUGCCCCUUGUUAAACGAUUGUCGACUGGUGACUGGUUCACAUCUCGAACCUCAGCCUGUGGUCUCUUCUCGGUGUGCUAUCCCAGAGUAUCUUCAAGUGUAAAGGCGGAACUGCAUCUGUGUUUUAAAACCUUAUGUUUAGAUGAUACUCCAAUGGUACGUCGAGCAGCUGCUGGCAAGCUGGGAGAGUUUGCAAAGGUGGCAGAUACAGAAUACCUCAGAUCUGAUUUAAUUUCAUUGUUUAAUAGCCUUGCUCAAGAUGAGCAGGAUUCAGUACGUCUGCUGGCUGUUGAAGCCUGUGUUGCUAUUGCAUCAUUACUUAAUGCUGAAGAUGUUGAGACCCUUGUAAUGCCAACACUACGGCAAGCAGCUGAAGAUAAAUCAUGGAGAGUGCGUUAUAUGGUUGCUGACAAAUUUACUGAUUUACAAAAAGCUGUUGGCCCUGAAAUUACAAAGAAUGAUUUAGUGUUGGCUUUUCAAGGACUCUUAAAAGAUUGUGAAGCUGAAGUGCGUGCCGCUGCUGCACACAAAGUAAAAGUUUCUUGUUAGAUUCUUGAUAUAAAAGGAAAAAAAGUUUUUUGUCUUUUUCAUUUUUUAAACACUCUUUCAAUAUUUCUCAGUGAAUUUAAUGCUUUUUAUAUCUGCUUCAUCUAUUUUUCUAGUACAAUAGAGCAUCUCUUACCUUUGUUCCUGACACAGUUAAAAGAUGAAUGCCCUGAAGUUAGAUUAAAUAUUAUCUCUAACUUAGAUUGUGUUAAUGAGGUAAUUGGUAUUAAACAGUUGUCAGAAAGUCUUCUCCCAGCCAUAGUUGAAUUGGCUGAAGAUACAAAAUGGCGAGUGCGUUUAGCUAUCAUUGAAUAUAUGCCCCUGUUGGCUGGUCAGCUGGGUGUAGAUUUCUAUGAUGAAAGAUUGAACACUCUUUAUAUGAACUGGCUAAAUGACUAUGUGUAUGCCAUUCGUGAAGCUGCUACUUUGAACCUGAAAAAACUUGUUGAAAAGUUUGGUGUGGAAUGGGCCCAAAAGACUGUGAUUCCUAGAGUGCUCUGUAUGUCACGUGAUACCAACUAUCUACACAGAAUGACUUGUCUUUUUUGUAUCAAUUUGCUGGCUGAUGCUUGUGGUACUGAUGCCACAACGAAGUUGAUGUUGCCAACCAUUUUGAGUAUGGCAUCUGACCCUGUGGCAAAUGUUAGGUUCAAUGUUGCAAAGACAAUGCAAAAGUUAGGCCCUAUGUUUGACCAGAAUACUAUUCAGUCCCAAUUAAAGCCUGUUCUUGAAAGAUUGAAAUCUGAUGAUGAUGGAGAUGUUCGGUACUUUGCAUUGGAGGCAAUAGAAGCAUUGAAGCUCUCUUAAAGAAUUUUCACCAUUCAGCUCCCCUUUUCCCAACCUGCAAGCCUCUUGACUGAAAGCUUCAACUUUGACAUCCAGCAGCAUCCAGUCAGCGUGUACCUUAGCAGCAGCCACCGCCUCCUGCCAACACCAAAUUACUAUUACUUCUAACCAAUCCUGGUUUUUUUUUUUUUCCUUUUGUUUUUUUUUUUUGGUUUUUUUUUCCCCCUCUCUUGCUGAUCACUUCCAGACCAUUCUCUAAGGUAGCUGCCUGUGGCAAACCCCUAUACAAUCUCUUUGACUUUUGUUUCAGUUGGCGUCCACAAGCACUACAAUUCAACUCCUGAGACUUGUAUCACUUUCUCUCAAACCAUUGUUCAUUCACUUACCUUUCUACUAUCCUUAACUUUUAAUACUUACCAUUCUAUCUAUAGAUCAUUAAA